GCAGAAAUGUCUUUGGUGUGUUUGGCAGAAUUUAAGGCACAUGCACAAAAGCAGCUGUCUAAGACCUCCUGGGAUUUUAUUGAAGGAGAAGCUGACGAUGGCAUCACCUACAAUGAGAACAUGGCAGCAUUUAAAAGAAUCCGCCUGCGCCCCAGAUACCUGAGAGAUGUGUCAAAGGUGGACACCAGGACCACAGUCCAAGGGCAGGAGAUCAGUGCCCCCAUUUGCAUCUCACCCACAGCCUUUCACUCGAUUGCCUGGCCUGAUGGAGAAAAGAGCACAGCUAGAGCUGCUCAGGAGGCCAACAUCUGCUAUGUCAUCAGCAGUUAUGCCAGCUAUACCCUGGAAGACAUUGUUGCUGCUGCCCCCGGAGGCUUCCAUUGGUUCCAACUCUACGUUCAGUCAGACUGGGACGUCAACAAGCAGUUGGUUCAGAGGCUAGAAGCCUUGGGUUUCAAAGCUUUGGUGAUCACUGUGGAUGUUCCAGUACUUGGAAAUAGGCGAGGGAACAGGAGAAACCUUCUGGAUUUGGAGGCAAGCAUAACACUGAUGGAUCUCCGCUCCCCUGGACAGAGAAAGUCCGCACUUCCUGCCCCCACGUCUUUGCCGAGUAAAUCUUUCUGCUGGAAUGACCUCACCUUGCUUCAGAGUAUAACUCGGUUGCCCAUUAUCCUCAAAGGGAUUCUGACAAAAGAGGAUGCAGAAUUAGCAGUGAAGCACAACGUCCAGGGAAUCGUGGUUUCCAACCAUGGUGGGAGGCAGCUUGAUGAGGUUCCUGCUUCUAUUGAUGCUCUGAGAGAAGUGGUGGCUGCUGUCAAAGGGAAAAUUGAAGUGUACAUGGAUGGUGGGGUUCGAACCGGCAACGAUGUGUUGAAAGCACUGGCCCUUGGAGCUAGGUGCAUUUUUCUUGGGAGACCAAUCCUUUGGGGCCUUGCCUGCAAGGGUGAACAUGGUGUUAAGGAAGUGUUAGAUAUUCUAAAAGAAGAACUCCACACUUGUAUGGCCCUUUCAGGCUGCCGGUCAAUUGCUGAGAUCAGUCCAGACCUGAUUCAGUUCUCCAGAUUAUGA